AUGGAAGUGACGAUGGCUAUAGGGUUGGCAUGGGUGUUUGGAAUUGUGCCAGUGGCGAUAUGGCUCUUGCUGCGGUGGAAUGAUCUCUGGUAUGGUCUCUCUGUUAAACGUCGAUGUUCCGAUACCGGCACCAAGCUUCCUCCGGGCUACAUGGGUGUUCCAUUUUUGGGUGAAAUGCUCUCCUUUCUUUGGUACUUCAAGUUUCUCCGACGCCCUGAUGAUUUCAUUGAUUCUAAGCAGCACAAGUAUGGGAAAGGAUUGGGAAUUUACAAAACCCAUCUAUUUGGAUCACCCUCAAUCAUAUGUUGUUCUCCAUCCUUCACCAAAUUUAUUUACCAAACAGAAGCUAACUUUACCAUGGACUGGCCUACCAUGGAUAUUCUUGGCCACCAUUCCUCGAUGAACGCUCAAGGAACAUCACAUAUCAGACUAAAAAACUUUCUCACAAGAGCCGUUAAUCAGCCUGUUGCCCUCCGUCGCAUUGCCACCAUGGUCCAGCCCCGGGUGGCUUCUGCCCUCCGAUCCUGGGCUGAGAAGGGUACGAUUAUCGGGUACACUGAAGCCAAGAAGGUGACACUUGAAAACAUAGGCAAGCUUUUAGCCAACAUAGAGCCUGGUACUGUUCUGGAAACCCUUGACAAGAUGAUUGCUGGCAUGUUUAAGGGAAUUAGAUCACAUCCAAUCAAUUUUCCGGGAACUGAUUAUCACUAUGGUGUCCAGUGUAGAAAGAAAGCUACCUGGAUUUUUAGGGAGGAGCUAGAAAGGAGAAAAAAGAAGCAGGUGGAGGGUACCAACAUUACAAAUGAUGUAAUGGAUGGGCUGAUGACCUUCAAGGAUGAUGAAGGGGAACAAUUAGAUGACAUGGAAGUGAUUGAUAACAUCAUCGGUCUUCUUUUUGGAGGCUAUGAAUCCACCACCAUUGUUUUAACUUGGGCUCUUUAUUAUCUUGCUAAAUGCCCCCAUGUUCUCCGAAAGCUCCGGGAGGAGCACAUGCCUUUUGCCAAGAACAAGGACGGGGAGUUCAUCACAAGCGAUGAGAUUUCAAAAUUGAAAUAUACAUCCAAGGAACCUUCAAAGCCUGGUACAUUCCUAGCAUUUGGUGGGGGAUCAAGAAUCUGUGCUGGAAACAUGCUUGCUCGGCUACAAAUUGCCAUUUUUAUUCAUCAUUUAGCCACUGGAUAUAAGUGGGAAUUGGUCAAUCCAAAUGCAGGAGUCACUUAUCUUCCGCAUCCAAAACCAGCCGAUGGUCUUGAGAUUAAUAUCAGCAGACUCUGA